AUGGCUCUUGAAUAUGGCCAAUGGCGGGCUGUCGUGGGUGCAUUCCAGACGCUGGCCAAGGCUGGCGACGAGGAUGUGCAGGACAGUACAGGUUGUUUCAGAGCUUGGGCGGUGAUGCAGCAUUUCUCAUGCUCGUGCCCGUCAGUCGUGGGGGCGAAUCGGAGUCGGGCCACAGCGAGGUAUAUACUCACGGUACUAGAGGCGAAAACAUACAUCAAGAGGGAAUGGCAUGGCUUCGUAGUUGAUGCAGUACACAUGGUAACAGGAAAGAAAUACGCCAAGACAGGACUCUACGGAAACCCGAUAGCAAGCAUGGCUCCCAGGGUGGUUGAGUCGCACUGGAGUAUCAUUGCAACUCACCGAGGUACAACACGACGUAUUGUCGCCCUGGACAUGGACGCUGAGUGGCGACGGGGCGAAAGGCAGAGAGAGGCAUGA